AUGCCAAUCACCUCUCAGAGUAUGGACAUGUAUUCAAAUAAAAGCUUCAAAUCCCCGGCUACUGACCUUGGCCUUAACUACAUUAAUUCUGAAGAAGACGAGUACCUCGAAAGUGAAUUCAAAGAGGAUGCUGAGAAUUUCUUGAAAGAUGUAUUGCAGUCAACUAGACUUUAAGCUGUACAUAUUCAAUUAUUUUUUCUUAUGAUAUAAUUACAGAUUGAAGAACUGAUAAGUGAUUUGAGAAAAGAUUAAUAAAAUCAGCAAGCCUUAUUGAUCAGAACACUUGAAUUGAUGAGAGAUCAGCCAAACACCCAAGUCUAAUGA